GUCGUCAACGCCUGUAGCUGGCUGCGACCAAGCAUGGGCCGGCUACCUCUAGAUGGGCACGGGCUGCUCCACGCACGGACGGCAAGCACGGCGACCAUGGCCAAGGUGCUAUGGCCCCUCUUUUCUUCCGCAUUCCCCUCUCCCUCUCCCCCUGCUCGAUUCCGCAGAUUUGGUUGACUAACUGUUCAUGGUACGAACUGCAACCUAUAUGUGCAUCUCCGAACUAAUACAUGUCUGACAUUCACAUAUUUGAAAAUCUCCUAUAGGAGGAGGGCAUGAUGUGGGAUUUGAGGGAGCGUAUGAAGAGCAAAAUGAUGAAAAUCUUCUAAAUUUUUUCUGAUGCUUAAACUUGGACCUUGUUCAUGCAUUUACUUUUCAAUAUGAGGGCUUCCAAGGAUGAAGAGGUGGAUAAAUUAGUUGCUUUAGUUACUACAUACUGUAUUUGAUAGCCUGUUCCAGCUUGCUUCACAGCCAAGCCCUACACAUAGAAAAGCUAUCGUCAUAUGAUUUUCUUCACAUGCAUGUUUGUAAAGUUUACCAACAUUAGGUAGGAGAUUGUUUUCUUUUUUCCUAUUUAGGGCCCACGUUUUUUUUCGGGCAGCUAGCCCUUGAAUUCUUAGUAACGACUUAUACGACCCUGUCUCUGUAGUAACCACAUCCUGGCCGCUGCAGCCGCUAAUUUUUUGGUAAUGCAAUUUUUGGUCGACUCUUACAGGCCUAGGAAAGGCCGAAACUAGGAGUUCAUCAUGGUUUAAUGAAUAUAUACAUAUUGAAUUCAUUUCUGUUGUUUCAUUCCUGUGUAGUAGUGGAGUUUUCUUGAUUAGUAUAAAAAGAUAUAGACACUGUUUAUUGUCCAUGUGGGUCAUAGCGCUGUAAGAUUUUUCCGUUUUUCAUCUAAUAAUAGUUACUAGAUUUAUAUUCUAGACGACGACAUGUGCUUAACUGCCUGUGAAUGGAAAUGGACUGUGGAGUUCAUUGGUGCAUCUCGAUUACUUCUACAGCAUACUUAGCUGUUCAUUAAUGAGAUCUUCAAAUGUUCACUUGAUGCAUUCUGAAUAUCUGAUUGAGUAGUUCAUUUUUUGUGAGAAGAUUGAGUAGUUCACUGGCUGAACCCUUGCACUCAUUGAUAGAAAAGUUCAGUCUGUGAAAUGUGUCUGACAAAAAAUGCAGUCUGACAGGUCUCUGCUAUGUAAGCUGGAAGCUGGCAUCUUAAUGUUUGUUAUCCCCAUCCUUCUUGGACACCUGGUAAACUAGAUACCUGAGAUUUAGCACCGUACCUCAAGCAUACCAAGACAGGAUGGUGGAUGCAAAGAUUCACCUAUAUAUCUCUUGCAUUUGCUUCCUGAACUUAUGGAGUAUGCUUUAAUGGACAAUGGUGCAAAAUUGGGCUUCUGAAGAGUGUGGAUGGCACUCUUCACCAUGAUCGCCGCAGGGAAAUUCAAGCAGUAUUAUUUAAUUGGGCCUCUUAGGAGUGUGGAUAGUUCAAAAUCCGUUGUUCUCUUCAUAAUUUAAGCUUACAAAAGUGCAUUCUUUGUCAUGUUAUUCCUUAUUAUUAUUAUUAUUAUUAUUAUUAUUCAACUAACAAAAGUUUCAGACUUUGAGUUCUUCUUAGUUUUCAGAUUGUUCUCUCUUACAUUUUUUUUUGACGAAUUGUUCUCUCUUACAUUAUCUAAUGCAUGUCUUUUUUAUUACCUUCAAUCUCGAUAAAGGAAACUCAUGGGUGAAUCGUCAGUACAUUUUAGAUUGCUGACCCAACCUUCUCCUCUCGGAUCCAUGCUCUUGGAUACAUGAGUACUGAUGUUUGGACCACCUAUUAAAGAUUUAGGUGAUGUGUUAAGGUAUGCUUUGUCCACACACCAGAAAACUGGGGAUGUCACCGAAAAUCUCAAGAAUUAUAUGUUAAGAAGCAGAGUUAUGCGAGCACCAUUGGUUUGUGCAAGCGUUGCCGCCUCAACCGGCCGGUCCAAGCUCCAACCCACCAGCAAGACGUUAUGGUUUCGUUUGACUCCUGCACCAAGAGGCCGGAUGAAACCCACCACCAACACAACGCUGUUUCACCUGUCGAGCCCAUUUUUAAUUGCCGCAGAUCUGACCAGGGUGCGCGGGUACCCGAGAGCACCAAGUUCCCGUCCGUGCAAGUUGGUUCAGAAGGUCGGUGAAACCUGAAGGAUCUAGGGAUCAACACCUCUUGGUGCAAACAACCUUUCACUUAUGAUAUUUGUUUUCUGUUGAAACUGCAAAUUUUCAUUCCAGGGCUAAAUGCCUAAAUGUUGAUAUCUGCAUGCUUGUAAAUUUACAUCAUGAAUUAUAUUUAUGCUGCUACUUUUCUCCCAUAAUUUGUAUCUCUUUCGUCCAAAGCGUGAUAAUGUGCACUGCAUUUGUACUGCUCUAUCUUAUUGUUAAGUUUGCAUCUGACAUUGCUUUCAUAGUCUAUAUUUUGGCUCUGAUUUGAAGCAUAUCAUUGCUUGCAUGCACCUGUACGACAUAUAUCGCCUAAAACUAAUCGGAAGGGGCACAUUCUCACCUGGCACCGCCCAUCUACCUCUCAAGAGGCCCGCAAUGGCGGGCCCCAACCACUAGUGUAGCUUUAGACCGGGAGCUCCUGCUCGACACCUGUGAGCAUCAAAUUGAGGAGCUUUCGUUGAAGGCAGGCGAAAAAUGGGCCUGCCCAUUCUUCCUGCAAGUUGUCUUUCUUUUUUCGGUUGUUUUUUGUAUUGAAACUUCAAAAAAAUAUGAUUCUUAAAAUGUGAACAAUUUUAGAGUGAACAAAAUUUGGAAAAGUUACCAUUUUUUUUGGAAAUAAGACAUUUUUUGUAAUCACGAACAAGCUUCUAAUUCCCAAAAUAUGUGAUUGUUUUUUAAAAAGUGAUUCUUUUAAAAACGUGAACACUUUUCACAAUAUGAACAUUU